GAUGCUUUGGGCGCGGAGGGCUCCGUUGCCAUGGCGCCUUAACGGUCUCCUUUCUUCAACUCCCUCGGCGCGGCGGGAGAGAUGCCGUUACCGCCGCUUUCUCCAGCCCGGGUGUUUGCCGAGCUGGUCCCUCCUCCCGCCGGGGGGGACAACAGCCGGGAGAAUGAAGUCCCGAGGCCGCCGGGGAGGGAAGUUCACGUCAGUGGCACCUCGGAGCUCAGCGCCAGCCCGGACCGGGCGAAAGUCACCGUUUACCUGAAGAGCAAGAAAGGGGAGGCCGGAGCGGCGCAGAGCAGCGUCACUCGGAGGCUGGAUUAUGUCGCCCAGAGCGCCCGGCAGCGCGGAGGAAUCUCGGAGAAUGACAUGACUGUGACAAAGAACUUUAGUAGAAUAGACAACGUGUAUAAGAUGGAAGCAGAGGUCUGCAUUACAUUCCGUGAUUUCGGCAAAAUGCAAGAGGUCUGUAACUUCCUUGUUGAGAAGCUAGGUAGCUCUAUCAUAAUCAGCCCACCUCACUUUUACCAUACAGUGGAGGCAGUAGAUGCCCUUCGUCGUCAGGUUUGUCUUGCUGCUGUUGGGAGUGCCCAGCAAAAAGCUCAAGAAGUUUGCCAGUUGCUUGGCCAGCCCCUUGGGAAGCCUUUGCUAAUAAGGGAAGAGGAAGUGAAAGAGUGGGAGGGCCACCUGGAAAAUCACUUGGCCAACACCCCAGACUCACUGGGUUUGCAGCAGAGACUCCAAAGUGCCACUAUCUAUGUUUCCUCAAGGGUAUAUGCUGUUUUUGAAAUAAAGGGGGAAAGGAAGAGGAAAAAAGCAGCUCACAUAAAUGUAAACUGAUUUAUUACUGAAGUCCUGAAUCAUUGUGUUUUCCUUAGGGAAGAGCAUUAUUCUUGGGAAGCUUAACUUGCUUUUCCAUAAUCAAAAUGUUAAAGUGACUCUGACGUUUGUUCACUUUUUAAACGGUUCCAUGAAAUUGUAGCACGGGUUGUAAUUCUCCGCACUUGGACGCAAGCUGCGGCUUGGAUCCCAAUUUACGUUUCGUUUCUUGGAAGAAAACUUCCUGUCAUGAAGAAGCCCUCAUGUUCAUAGAAGACACUUUCCAUGAUCAGCAGCUCCUUCCAUGAAUAAAACAAACUUUGGAAUCAACCUAGUGAAUGCUUGUGAAAGCCAUAGAUAGAAGUACAUUUUUAAUAUACUGUUUAGAAUAAUUUAAAUACAGGCAACUCCCAAUUUACACAGCGGUUAUGUUCCAAGGCACUGCACAUUUUAAGUGAAAUCAUGAAUAUUUGAAACUAAAAUAAACUCUGAAAAUGAAUACUACUGGUAGUUUUUAAGGAACUGGUCUGCCUUUUUAGCGUGUUUCUGGAGCAAGGAAGUUUUUGCUUGGUAACUUAAGAGAGAUGAACUUGGAAGUUGUCUCCUACAACAGGAAGCAGCAGCUCUUUGUACAUGUGGAUUAUUUUCAGAUUUGCAAAUGAAUGGAGGCAUGCUUUCUUCGCAUAGGUCUUUCAGACCUGUGUAUGUGGGGCAACAGUUUUGUCCAGAUACCCUCUUACUCCCAAGUUUGAAGAGAUUGCAUAAAGGCCACUUGGUUUUUCUUAAUGGCUGAUGACAGAAACCAGGUUUUUUUCCCCAGUGUUUUACACUGGACAAAUUGCAUUUGGUGAAAUGCCACAUUGUCAAUGUAGUUCCAAGAAAUCUCUGCUGAGAGCAGUUUAAUCAGGGGAGAAAUCCCUUGGAUGCCAGCUCCUGGGCUUCAAAUUUAUUUACCGCCUGACAUGAGAAAUUUCUUGAAUAUAACCAGUCUGAGUUAAGAAAUUAUGAAUAAGAAAUGGAAAUACUGUAAAACUGCAUUGUUGAUGAAAAACUUGCUAAUUUUUGGGUGUUGGUGAUGAGUGAUUUCUACUUGAAUAGUUUCACAGAUUAAGGAAUGCAGUUUAAACAAAAAGGAUAGAACUAUACUUACAACUCUGCCUAGUGUUUCUUAAUCUCCAGUUUAAUAAAAUUCUAACUUUCCAACCUGUAUGAACUAUUCACACUUCAUCUGCAGUUUGCUAUUUUUGUGGAAUUUAUUCUGGCUUUGCUAAUGUAAGGAAGCAAAGUUAAGGGGGCGGGGCAGCUUUUCCUAACAAGGAAAUGAUGCAGAUGUUUUUCAUUCUCCUAGCCCAACACAAUGUCCAUUUUAUAUUUUAUUAUCAUACCUGCCUAUGUAUAUGUUAAGAAUAAGUGUCUUCAGAAAGUUGAUCACACAUCUCCAGAUAAUAGAAUUUGUAAGGCUGUCUCACACAUGUAAUGAUGGUAGUAAAAUUUACCAGUUCCAUUAGGGCAUUUGUGUUAAGAAAUUAAGUUACUCUCGUUGCCAAUCAAUAUCCUUUAUAUUUAAGUCAUUGAGGCUGUAAUCCUGUAGAAACUUACCUGGGACUAAGACUCAUUGAACUUGAUGUGGCUUAUUUUUGGGUCAACGUAGGAUUGCACAUUGGUUCAAGUUGUUAGACACAACUUAUGUACGUCACACAUUUAUAUUAGUUUAAUAACAAAAGCAAAGCUUAGAAAAACGAGUUUUCUAUUUAUUUAAAAAUAGGUUUGUAGUUACUACAUUGCAGUGACAGUAAUUCAUACACAUACAUUCUAGUUUGUAUAAAAGGAUUCCAAGUAUUAUUCAUCAAAACCAACGUAAGUGUUUCACAUAACAAUAAAAGUUUCGAUCAGUAAUGUACAAAAAGAAAGGGCACUGUUCAUCCAGGUGUGAGACUGCACUUUAUAACUUGAUAAAGCAGAAGAGAAAGAAAAUAACCUUGAUAAAACCUAAACUUGUAAAACUGUAUGUUGGUUACAUGAACAUUUUUGGGAUUUACACCAUACUGUACAAAGUAAGCAAAGCCUUAAAAUGUGUCAGUUUCAAAAUUAGAUGUUCCAGACAAUUUCCUUAAGUUACACUACAUUAUAUGUUUCAACAUUAAGUGGCAAGAUUUAAGGUAUUCUCUCAAUAACUUUCAAGUUUUGCAGUGUAAUGGUCCAAAAAUGUAACUUCAACAUGUGUGUCAAUAGCCUAUCCUUAAAACAUGCAUCUGAGAUAAAUAUACCAUGUUAAAUGUCUUAUGUGAUAGUGUAGAAAUUUGGUGCUGUAUCUUUAAAGGUGUAGUAAUUUCCAGCACUAAUUAUAUCAUGAACAAAAAUUUAUACCAUAUCCUGAAGCAAUUAUCUGCAUUUAUUUAAAAUUCAAAUAUUCAGCAUUCGGCUCCCUUUUUGGUAUCAAAAGAAAAAUGAUUUUUCAUAUAAAUAGCUCCUUAAAUUAUUUACCCUUUAAAAAGGCAGAUUUGGGGUUGGGUCUUUUAACAGAAAAUAUGCUAUUUCCAUCUUCAAAAUGCCAUCUCACAUCUACGAUACUUUAGCAAAAAUAUCCUGCAAUAAAUGUAACCUUCCUGAAACAGAGGGUACCUUUUAUUCCAAAAUGUUGUGAACCAAAUGGGAAAAUGAGAGCAACAAAAGUAAAUCUCUGCUUCACCAUUAUUCCAUGAGUAAUUAAAAUUAUCUUAAUAUACAAAUUAUGUAAAGUUAGCACAUUAAAAAAAAAGCACAAUACCAGAUUUUGUUAUAUUAGAAAUAAUUUUCAGACUUGGCCACUAUAUAUGAAAUGUACACCUUUUUUGAAUUAUAAACAUAUGUACAUUAUUUACAGCAGAAACUGAACAGCCCUUUUAUCAGAUGAAUGCUUAGGUCCAAGAACAUGAAAUGCAAGAUUCAGAUACAUAAAAAUUUACAACAAAGCUCAAUCCAGUCGGUCCCUUACACACACACUAGGACACAGGUGUCCCACAAGUGCACCUCUCCAGUUGUGGGAAGUCUGAUAGCCGGGGGGUGGGGGAGGUGGGUAGCAGGAAACUCCUGCAUGCCCUAUUCCAUCUAGAGGAUGCAAGGCACGACUGGAUUGUGGCCCUAAGCUUUCACUAAAUAGACCACCGGGAGCUCUUGAUUCAAAGCAAAGGAUCCACAUUCUUCAGCACAGUAGAUUCAGCUCUUUGCAGAAAUCAGCACACUAAGAGCUGUGUGUAUUGAGUUCUGGCUGGGGUCUUAAUAUCACUUUAGAGGUACUAAAGCUCAUGAAACUAAAAGUUCAAAUUGGUAUUUCACAAAGAAAUGUAACACAGCACAUGACUUAUGUACUGAAACUAUGUCCCCAUUCAUUUUUAAAUGUUGAGAAGUACUACAUGCUUUUGAAUCGGUACUUUACAAAAGAUCAAUCCAAACUAAGAUAAGUGUGUUAAACAACUGAAUUAACCACACAUGGAAAAAUUGACAGUAUGGUACGAAUAAUUUUGUGCAAGUUUACAUCACAGCAGUACUAUAGGAAGACGGGUUUUGUAACGCUGCAUCACUACUCAUACCACAAUGAUAAAGAUAAUUUCUUCAGUACCCAGUAUUAUACCAAUGUAAUUCAACCUUAAUCCCUGGGAAACCAUUAAAUUUCAAACCCGCUUAGCCAAACAAGGGACUGAAUACUGGAGUGAAAAUGAACUUAUUUCCCAAUCAAAGAAAAUGGAAUGUGCAGCUAUCAGACAUCGCUGUAUAGUAACCACUGGUUAAUAUUUGAAGUAAUUUAAUGUUCAGCAUUAUGGAACUAAUGGACCGCUCUGUAUCAGAAGCUGUAUCAGUAGACUGCAUUUUACAUUUGUUUUCAUUACUGCCAAGUUUAAUUGCUUAAACUGCCAAGAUAAUUGCUUGUGUGAAUAUCUGUAAUUACCAACAGAAAGAGUGUCUACAUAGUAUUUUCCAUGUAAAUGUGCCAUAAAAUAAAUAUUACUUUGCUCUCAAUAGUAUUAUCCAUAACACAUUUCAUUACGGUUUCCCCCUCCAAAAGUUAGUGAACCAGUAUUUAUUGCUUAUAUUAAAAUGUGCUAAAUCAAAAGCUCUUCUGUGUUGGUACAAUAAAAUUUUUGCAAAUCAGUCAAAUCUAACCAAUGACAGUAAUUUAAGUCAAACCAAUGCAAUUUAAAGCACUUAUAUAGUAUAUCUAAGACAAUUACAGUUUUAUGUGUUUCUACACAAAUGUAUUACCAAAAUAAUGUUAGAAAAAAAAUAAGCUUGUGAAUUCUUAGUACAAAAUUAUUCAUGAAUGGGGAACAAUUCAUUUGUGUACUGCAAAUAAGAAUUCUUUUGUUCUGAAAUGUGUAAUUUUCAGACACUACGAUGGUGAUGUGUACUAUUCCAUUCUCCAAUGUUACAUACACAUACUUGAUGUAUACAAGUAUAUACAUAAAUAUAUGCUAAGUGGGACAUAGUUAUAAAUGGAGUAACUUACAGCAAUGGGGUUUCAUGUUUCUUUGCCAAUUUCUUUUAUAUAACAAUGCAGAUAACAAAAGGAAAUCACACAUUUGAAAUUGAUUGCCUUCAUCAACAGUGAAAUUCUUAAAUGGACAAGAUAAAUCUACUGUAAUGCUUCCAUUGUGAAAUGUGAAAUGAACUAUCACUGUACAUAGGCUGCUGAAAUAUUUUCAUGUUUAAUGUCUGCAUUAGUAAGAAUGCAUGUAUAAAAACACAAAGUCAGUGUCCCAAAUCCCAUAAUUAUAAUAUGCUAAUGAAAAUAGGUAUCCAAGGAUGACUAGUGCCAGUAGAAUUUAUUAUUCCACUGCAAAUCAUGAUUUGGCAAAUACUCUUAGUUGGAGCUAUUUUCUUAAAAGCCAAUGGGUUAUUUAGAGGAGAUGGUGAUGGCAACUACCAACCAAAACAGAAUCUUCCAUGCCUCCAAAUCUUCUAAACUGGCCUGAUCAUAAUGUCAAUUAGUCUACUUCAAAUAAAAAUGAAUUAUCUUUAAGUUUAGGAGUAUUUGCGAUAAAAUCAGAACUGCAUUUUAAAAACCAAUUGCCAUGGACACAGUUCUCCAAAUGAAUAAAAGAUGCAUAUUAAUCUUGAACCUCAGAUGCCAUCCACUGCACGCAACAUAUGUGCACUAAUGAAUUGAGUAUCAUGUUGAUAGAUGUGUUGCAUACAUAGUUCCUGAAGUUGCUUCUACCUGCAGUCCUCAAACCCAGACUGGAAACUACAUAUUAACACAGACUGUCAAUGUUGCCAACAUGGUAGACACACACACAA